UUCUCUUUUUAACGCUACAACCUUCGAAGUCUUGGACCGCUAUUGCUUAUACGUAGAAACAGUCUGAAUGGGAUUUUCUAUCAAUUCUGUCGUGUGAGAAACCAGCACUCAUUACCAUUAUAUCAUCAAGCCUGUCCGGUAUUUAUUUUCAACAAAAAUCCCAAUUACUUUUUUGCUCUAGGUAAUUCUAAAUCAUCAUUCUUCCCUACACUUUGCAUCGUAACGGUCAUUAAAAUAAUUUUAAAUUCAAAUUGAAAUGUUUCGUCUGGCAGUUUGAAAUUAAUUUCAAGUCGUUAAGCGCACGUUAUAUCCGAAGGUCAGAAAGUGACAUUUGGGUUUGUUUUCGAUUGACCGGCAAAAGUAAAUAAAUUUCUUCCUGAAGCUAGUGAGCAAAUUCUUUAGCUUCUAGGAAAAAAGGAUACUAAUUCGUCUUGAUUUUGCAAAUAUUCCAGUUUGUGUAAAAGUUUUCAUUGCACGCUGUGGUACUGUUUACCACCGAAUCUACGGGACUUCAAGAACAAUCUCCGUUGACUAGUUGACCAUCUAAAUUCUGAUAACAUGGAAGUCGCUUCGCCGAACAAUGAUCAUUUGAGUAAGCGUUGGAAUCACUUGCGGAAAAUUCUUGAACGAUCUGGUCCAUUCUGCCAUCCUAACUUUGCCGCCUCUUCAGAAACUCUAGAAUUUUUGCUGAAUACUUGCAAAAUUCUCGUAAUUGGUGCCGGAGGAUUAGGAUGUGAGCUAUUGAAAGAUCUGGCCUUAAUGGGCAUCCGUGAUAUUCACGUAAUUGAUAUGGAUACGAUCGAGCUUUCGAAUCUGAAUCGGCAGUUUUUAUUCAGAAGAACGGAUAUCGGCCAAUCGAAGGCACAUUGUGCGGCGGCUUUCAUUAAUGGUCGCGUUCCGGGGUGUGUCGUUACACCACACUUUUGCAAAAUUCAGGACUUUGAUGCUUCCUUCUAUCGGCAGUUUCAUAUCAUUGUGUGUGGUUUGGAUUCAAUUGUAGCUCGUCGGUGGAUCAAUGGUAUGCUGAUAUCAAUGCUGGAAUAUGAAGAAGAUGGUUCAGUGGAUGAGACCUCCAUCAUUCCUCUGAUUGACGGUGGCACGGAAGGCUUCAAAGGAAAUGCUCGUGUGAUUCUGUCCGGAAUGACGGCUUGCAUAGAUUGUACGUUGGAUCUGUUUCCACCGCAGGUAAACUAUCCACUUUGCACAAUCGCCAAUACACCAAGACUACCUGAGCACUGCAUCGAAUACGUAAAGAUUAUCCAAUGGCCAAAGGAAACUCCUUUCGGCGUGGAUAUCGUCCUCGAUGGUGAUGAUCCCCAACAUGUGAAUUGGGUGUACGAGAAGGCACAGGAAAGAGCAAAUAGCUUCAACAUAACAGGAUUGUCGUAUCGCUUGGUGCAGGGAGUGCUGAAAAAUAUUAUUCCAGCCGUUGCUAGUACCAACGCUGUGAUUGCGGCUGCCUGUGCCACGGAAGUAUUUAAGAUAGCUUCGAGCUGCUGUGAACCGUUGAACAACUACAUGGUGUUCAACGAUGUGGACGGAAUCUACACCUACACGUACGAGGCCGAAAAACGCUCCGACUGCUUAGCCUGUAGCCAAAUACCAAGACCGGUGGAGGUUGCUGAUCCAAAUGGUAUGACAUUGCAGGAUCUUAUUCAACACUUGUGUGACAAUCCGGAGUUUCAAAUGAAAAGUCCAGGAUUGACCGCUGUGCUAGAAGGAAAAAACAAAACACUAUACAUGAGCACGGUGAAGAGCAUCGAGCAAGCUACAAAGGGAAACUUGACGCUGUCUCUCAACGAGCUUGGACUGAAGGAUGGCCAGGAAAUAAUGGUCGCCGAUGUCACCACACCGAAUACGAUCCUUAUUAAGCUCAAAUUUCAACCGAAUGAGGUCGAAAUGGCAUGAGAAGUAAUGGUGGAUUUUAAAAACGUUAAAUUCAGCAUUAAAUAGCAUACAAAAUGUAACGCAUCAAUAAAAUUGGUUUUCAAAUACG